AUAUAUAUACAUACAUAUCUGUAGUGGAUGCGUUUACAAAACAAUUGGUUGUUUAUAUUCGAAUUAAACUGAAGUUGGUCUAAACUUCGGUUUGUUUCCAACAAACAUUAUGGCGCUCCAGUGCCGGACCUGCGGCAGCAUCAUCUACAACAAAAUGCCCAAGAAUCUCUUUCAUAUUGAGAACGAGAAGAUGCUGCAAGACAUAAAUCUUGUCACUGGCACAACGCUCCACAACGAUCCAGAGCUGCCGAGCAGCAUAUGCGCCUGCUGCACGCUCGACUUGAACCAAGCGAUUUUGUUCCGGGAGCGGUGCAUCCUAACUCAGGAGCAGCUUGUCCAUCAGCGUAGAUCUCCCGAAGCGAAGGAACCGGCUGAAGAUGUUGAGGAGAUGGCAUCACCGCCGGAUUGUCUGGACGAUCCUUUCGGGGAAGUCGAUGAAUACAUUGUGGAAUCCCCAGAAGAAAUUUUGGAUCGUGAUAGUGAUGCGCAUCAUGAUCUGGAUGAGGAUCAUUAUAUUGAUUCUGUCGAAGAUGUUGAUGCACUUCAAGAUAUGGCAGAAGGUCAGCUAAAAGUAGCCGAAGAGGAUUCUCAAGAUGUCGAAUCUCUGGUCUCAAGUGUACAGAAAGAACUUGAGAGCAUUUACAACGACGACAGCAACUCGGAUAACAACGAGGUUUUGGAGGCCAACGGUUCCUAUUUUAAUGAAACUAUGAACGAAUGUGAAGUAUCCUCGAACCCAAACACACCGCUGCCCGAAUUGAAGAGUGCAGCAGGUCGGUCAACGAAGCCAGCGACCACGAAACCCAAGCGGAAAAAACAGUACGUUACGUGGAAAAACAUGACCGAGGAGCAGAUCAUAGAGCGUAAGCGACUGCAGCGUAAACGCGAGUGUGUUUGCGAACAGUGCGGCCGGCAAUUCACCGACCAGAGCAAUUUCAAGCUGCACAUGCUGCGGCACACGGGCAAUAAGAACUUCGCCUGCCAGCAGUGUGGCAAGCGGUUCUACACCGACCAUCUCAUGACGCUGCACCAACGAAUCAUUCACCAGGGCGAAAAACCAUACGACUGCCGCUUUUGCACCAUGUCUUUUCACAAUAGCAACACUCGCCUCAUCCACGAAAGGACUCACACCAAUGCGAAGCCCUACAGCUGUCAUCAUUGCGAUAAAUGUUUUAAGUCAGCUUCGGGACGCAAGCGGCACGAGCUAAUCCAUACGGGAGUGCGAGCAUUUGCCUGCACCAUCUGCAAACAAUCCUUCCAGCGCAACACUCACUUAAAGGCCCAUCUGCGAUCCAAGUUUCACACUGCAAAAGCGAGAACCAUGGGUGCGGAGGUACUACAAUUAUAAGCUGAUAUAGUAUGUUAAUUGAAAAACAAGUAUUAGAUAUAAGAAAUAAAGCAAUAUUUUUAUUUAAUUGGA